CAUAAAAUGGAAAACUCUAUGCGAAAUACUAAUCGUACGAUUAACACAACUAGAACGUCUCAAACAAGAGAAAGACAACGGUUUACUUUAACUUCUAAUUAUGUACCUGAUGUAGAGGAUCCUGAUGACACUCUAGAAGAACUAUUAUAUAAAACAUGGACUAUCUUUGGUGUAUCUACUUUUUUCAAUUUUCAUCAAGACGAAGUUCAUUUAAAACAGUAUUCAAAACGAUUAAGGGAGGAGGUUGCAAUUACGUUAGCGCAAGAAGACGUCACGUACGAUGCAAAAGUCUAUGUUAUGGACAAUGUUGCGACUAGACCUAGUCCAAUCGAUCCACCGCCAAUGAAGGUCGAAGUUUAUGCCAAAAAGUAUAGUAACGAUGAAACUGUAGAAAAAUGUAUUUACAAUGGAGUGUUCUUAUCUUGGGGAACUGCUAGAAAAGAAUUAACUGUCCCUAAUUGUAUCAGGUUACCUCUCCUCUUAUGUCGUGGUACAAAAAGUGGUAUGAAUACUGUUCACAACGUGUUAAGUCUGAUGUUCGAUUGUACGGUUGUUGCAUUACCUGUAUCGGAGGACGAUUUAAUAUGGCUUAUUCCUAUUGUAAUUACUCCGAUUAAUGAAGAAGGGCAUCUAAAAAGCACAGAUAAAAUGUGCAUGGAAUAUAAAUUGACAAAACCGUCGGAUACAGAUACAAUAACAGUACAUUUUCAGAUUUCGGAUUUAAUAAGAAUGUUAACAGCAAUAAUAAAGGAUCAAAGCGAUGAAACAAAUAUUGAGAUUUCCAUUAAUUCGGAACAUAUAGAGAAAUGUCGUCAAGCUUUGUACGAUCAAAUAUUACAAAUAGCUGGCUUACAAAUGGGGCUAUGUAUGUUGUGCAAAAUUAAUCUUUCUGCGUUCACAAUAAUGGAAAACAAAAUGAAAAUAGCUAAUUUGACCGUUAUGAAUCGUGUCCUAUUGUAUUUGAAUAAAAAAGCUCUUGAUAUAUUUCACACAUUCAACUUUGAGAUAUUUAGAAAUGUGUGAUC